AUGUCAUCUUUUAGCAAGAGCCUUCGGCUAUCUUCAUCUUUCGGAGAAGAGAUCAUGAUGGUCCCAAAGAAACAGGGCAUAGUGUCCAUUCUUGGGUCUGAUGUUGAAAGAACCAACUCUGCUGCAGCUUCUCUAAGGAGAACUCUCUCAGCUGAUAUGUCCUCCAAGAAAUGGCAAGCCCAACAUGGGUUCUAUCCACUCAAGAAAAUUGCAUCAUCUGACCAUUUCCCAGCUUGUAAUAAUAUCACAGACUCUUCAUCUUCGGAAGAUGAGGAUUUUGAAGACAGGCCUAAAGAGACUGGAACUCCAGGGCAAUUCCAUAUCUGGAGCUCAAUUCAAGCAGACAAGAACAAGAAAGAGGUUGAAAAGCCAGGACAAUUUGAUGUGUGGAGCUCAAUCAUAUCAGAGAAGGCAAAAGAGGAGUUCAAGAAUGCGCAACCUUAUGUCCACCCUCUUGUUAAAAGAUCAGCAAGUUCUUUAAGCGAGAAGAGCCUUGAGAUAUGCACUGAAAGUCUUGGAUCAGAAACUGGUUCUGAUGGGUUCUCUUCAUAUCCUUCAUCAGAGACUGGUGAUGCAGAGGAGGACAAAGAAGAAGAGCAACGACAAGAGAGAGUGACACAGAAGCUAGAUAUGGAGGAUUUGCGAGUGGAAAAGUACAAUCUUGCAGCAGCAAGUAGCAAGAAAUCGCAACCAAGAUCAUUCCCUCCACCAAUUCCUUCACUAUCUAGCCGUGAUGGGGCUUCUGUGCGCAUGAGGUCUCGUCGCGACAAUGGUAGGUUGGUUCUUGAAGCUGUUUCUGUUCCUUCACAGAACAACUUCCAUGCUCAGCGCCAAGACGGUCGCCUUGUCCUCACCUUUGUCAAUACUGCUAAUGAAGAAGAGGAAGAAGAAAGACAAAAGAAUGAACAAAUGAGUGACAUGGAACAGUUUGAUGUGGAGAUAGAAAAUUCUGAAGAUGAAGAGGAAGCGGAGGAGGAAAUAGACGAAGAGGUGGAGGAUGGGGAGGAUGAGAGAGGACGAGAGGAGGCGAGGUUUGUGAUGGAGGAAGCACCAAAAUUGUCAAGUGGGGUCAUAAGUGUGCAUAGGUUAGCACUGAUGAUGAACAAAUCCCUAGUGUUAGCUAAUAGGAACCCAACACGGACUAACAAGUUCCAUGACAUGGCCAAAUUUGGUGAGGAUGUGGAGGUGGUGGACCCAAUUACCCCAGUAACACAAUCACUUCCACCACGGCCUCCCGCAGGUCGGAUGAUAACCUCUCCGCCACCAGCUACCAUUGCAGCCACGGCCACGGCAGCAAAGGCAGCUGCAUCUUUUAAUGCUUGUGAGUACUUUUGGAAGCCAAAGCCCGUGACAACAACAUCGGUUCUUAAUCGAAGAACCCAGAAACAAGCAUCAUCACUAGAAAGCACCCAAGACAACAAAUUGGCCCUUUCGAAGAAGUUUGUUCCAAAUGAGCAACAGGAAUUGGUAGUACUGAGAGGGAACAAGGGAGAUUGCUUAGUUCCUUUGUUAAAGAGUUGCAAGGAGACAAGGAAGUCACUAUUGUUUUGGGAACCCCAUUGCAUUGCCACCUCCUGA